AUGGUCGCGCUGGAGGACGGGCAGGGCCUCCUCUCCUUCUUGCUCUUUGGGCUGCAGCGGGCGAGCAUGGACAUCGUUGGCCGCCUCUGCUCGUGCCUCGUUGGCGGCGCCGCGCCGGCGCGAGACGACAACCAACAACGGGUGCUCGCGGCGUACGUCGUCGCCGUCGAGGCGCCCGAUGAGGCCCCGCAGCAAGCCGAUGGCGCGGCGUCUCCAACAGUCGAGGCCAGCA